GGAAGUGUUCGAUUCUGCCUUUGUGUUGACGAUUAGAACAUUAAGCCUUCUCUUGUAAAAAUGGAAACUCAAGAUCUUAAAACAUUUCACCAGUGCAUUUUAUGUGAUGAAAUUUUCCAAGAAUAUGAUGAUUUAAAAGUACAUAAUAAAAUACAUGUUAAAGAUGAGAAAACUGUUGAUGUAGAGGAAUAUGGUCAUGUUAAAGAAAAUAACCCUGAUGAUAUGGAUGGAUAUUGUCAUGUUAAAGAAGAGAAAACUGAUGAUGUAGAUGAAUAUUGCCAUGUACAGUUUAAAGAAGAGAAAACUGAAGAUAUUGAAACUGUUUAUCAGUGUAAAUUGUGUGAUGGGGAAUUUAAAUCUGAGACCGAUUUAGAAAAACACUGUGAAAUACAUGUCAAAGUACUUAACUUAGAGGAGACUAUAGGAAAUAUUUUACAACAAUUUAAAGAAGACGAUAAGAUUCAAGAUAAGAUGGGUUUAAAAAAAACUUUUAAAUGUGAUUUUUGUGGUAAAUCAUUUAAUACGCAAAGUCAGUUUCAGACACAUGUGAGAAUUCAUACAGGCGAGAGACCAUUUAAAUGUGAUGUUUGUGGUAAAUCAUUUAUUCAGAAAGGAUAUAUUGAAAGACACAUGAAAGUUCAUACCGGUGAAAAACUUCAUACAUGUGAUGUUUGUGGUAAAUCAUUCAGUGAUCGGGGUACCCUUCACGUUCACAUAAAAACACACACAGGCGAUAAACCUCAUAAAUGUGAUGUUUGUGGUAAAUCAUUUAGUACCAGUGGACAUUUACAGCAACACAGGAGAACUCAUACAGGCGAGAAGCCAUAUAAAUGUGAUGUUUGUGAUAAAUCAUUUAGUCGUAGCGGUAGUCUACAGCAACAUAUGAUAACUCAUUCAGGAGGAAAACCGUAUAAAUGUGAUGUUUGUGGUAAUUCAUUUAAACGGAAGACUUGUCUUGUUAUACACAUGAAUAUACACACCGGAGAAAACGCUUUUAAAUGUGAUAUUUGUGGGAAAUCAUUCACCCAAAAUUGUAAUCUACAAACUCACAUAAAAAUUCACGCAAAAAUAUGAUUUAUUAGUAUUAAUGAUAAUAUUUAUAUAGCACAUUCUUCACUUUUAUUAAAACACCUUUUCGAGACGCAUGUUUAGAGAAAGAUAUGGUAUCCGCUUGACUCUAUCAAAGCCAUUUUCAGAGGACCCCAGAUAACCCAUGAGGUUGGACAGUAGACAGAGCCACAGUGGCUCAGUGCAUAAGAUGCUGGCUCACUAGCCUGGAGGUUGCGGGUUAAAUCCCUGUGUUCGCUGAGAAAGUUCAUCAGUGGUGCAGGACGGAGGGCCUGGCAAGGAUAGCUGUCUAAUUGUUUGGUUGGUUUAAAAAAAAACCAAGGUACUGCAAACUGCGUAUACUUUGUCGUGUGCGUAAAAAAUCCCCUGGCAGUUGGAAUUUGAUAAAAGAGUAGUCCGCAGUGCCCCAGCCUGAGUCAAAAUUUCCUCAUGGCACACUGUAUGGCUUAUACCUGUAUUCUUUGGCCCAGUCGGAGCAGAACAGUAGCAUGUUAAACUUCAUUUCAUUACAUUAGAAAUUCAAGUCUACUCCUUUUCACACACUGUUAAAUAGACAGAAAUAGAAAUCGGGUUUAACAUCCACUCACACAAACUUGGUGAUUUUGGAACUAACAUAAUUUGGUACAUUUUAUUUAAAUAAUUCGCUUGCACAUAGAGGAGUCUUAAACAAUGAGGGGAAACCAGAAGUCUAUUCAACCCCCUCUUCAUUGUAAUUACUUUUUAUUCUACAUGUACAUGUACAUGUAUAAUCUUAACUAAAGAAAUAUUGUUGUCUUGUCAUGCUUUGAUUCGUUUUAAUAAAACACAU